UUCAUAAAACGAUAGAAUUUUAAGGAAAUUUGAGCCGCUUUUGAUUCAGAUUUUCAAAAUUUCUAAACUCUUAGUUUGAAAGCAGGGAGGUGGGGCAUCUGGCUAAUAAGAAAGCCGAUUUUGCUCAUUAAUACGUCAUCAAGUUUAGUGCUACCCUCUUCUGGCCCUCAGAACCCCUUCAGGGCUUGGCUGCUGUUUGUUGAAAUUGAACUGAGGAGAGCCGUAUUACCUAUAUCUAUAUCUCAGAAUUUUUCAAAUUCUGAAAUAUUUCGAAUUGAGAUGUAAAAUCUUUUUGGAAGGAAAUACAGGUUUCAGAAAGUUCGAGAGGGUUUGACAAGGCUGGCCAAGUCACUCUGGUUGAGGUCAUCCAAAUGGGGAUUCGGUCACCGAGGUUUGGCAACAGGGGGUUUUGAGAGAGAAUCGGAUUUUGAGCUGUUUUUGUGAAACUUAAAGCAGAAAGAAUGAGCUCUUGGGGUCCAGAUGGGGAUUCAGGUGGUUUUAGCAAGGUUUCAAGCCAGAUUUUUGGAGGACAAUUCGUGAUAUAGGUCUACUUAUACUCAUUUGAUGCAGAAUCAAAUAAUCUCCUCAAAUAACACCUCCAACCCGCUCUAAUUACCCCUCUAAGCCAAAAAUAGCACCAAAAUCCAAUUCCUCACAAAUCUCCUUUAUUUUUAUCAAAUAAAAAUCUCCCUAAAACGGCUUCUAAACUCUCCAAAAACUCUCUUCCUCUUGUGCACAAAGCCUUUGGCCUGUAUCACUUGAGAUCAACUAAACCAGCCUCAACCAGGCUAUAUCCUCUUUGAGAUUUGUAUUGAAUUUUACCCCUAUUUGGUGAAGGGAAUUCUGCUCUCAGAAAGAAAAUAUCAAGUAAAAAUUAUGAACAAUUUCGAAAAAUGAUAUCGCCAAGCUGCUUUCAAUAAGGAUUUCCGAAAUUUCUAAACCCCCGCAUAAGGCGGGAUGUCAAUUUUUCGUCUUGAUUUGGACCUAACGGGGUAAAUUCUACUUUGAUCGGAAUAACUGAAAUUUUAACAACGGAGAGUUAACUAACUUUAGCAUCAAGAAAUUCAAUUUUGAGGCUAAAUGAAGUGGCCGCCCAUUACCCAACCCAAUGCAGAUUUAUGAACAAGUCUUAUUAACUAUUAUAUAAGGAUUGAUACGUAUGUAGGCAAGCCUGCUUGGCACUGCCCCAUGGUUUAAAGGAUCAUUUUAAGAAUCUCACACGAAGGUGUCUCUCUGAGGUCUCAAAGUAAAUUAUUCUUUUCACGGACUGUGCUAACAGCCUUUUUAACAUUCUUCUUAGCUCAGACAUCUUGGGAGUAUUCCUUUCUGUUCUCUUUCUGGUCAAAAUGCAUCUCCUGUUCUUUGUCAACGGAUCUGAUUUGUACAUUCUUAACGGAUGAGUGUUUUUGAACGAUAGAGUUUUCAAAUACAAAGUCACACCGGGCUUCUGCUCUAAGUUUACCCUUGUUAUCCUUGAGGGUGUUAGUGAAUUGCCUUGUCAGCUUAGGCAGUUGUACUACCUUGUAUUCGCUACUCUCUUCGCUAACUGUGAGAUCAGAAUCGUCCCAGAUGUCUUCACUCAGCAUUUCAAAGGCAUUUGAGGCCUUCUGAACAUUUUC